AUACUCGGGCAUGGCGCCACCGCUUUUAAGCUUCAGAGUGACACUCCCUCCAUUUCUCCGACCAACCCGAACCGCCGAACCUACUCCGAUCCGAUCAUUCUCAUCAGCAUCACCACCAAUGGACCCUCACUCUCACCCGAAGCCGCGCGUGGUGGUAUGCGGCGGCGGCGUAAUCGGCGUCUGCACCGCUUACUUCCUCGCCAAAAACGGCGCCGUCGUCACUCUCGUCGAGAAAUCCUCCGUCGCCUGCGCCGCCUCCGGAAAAGCCGGCGGAUUCCUCGCCCUCGACUGGUGCGACGGCGGGCCCCUCGAGUCCCUCGCCCGCGCCAGCUUCAAUCUCCACCGCUCGCUCGCUCACGAGCUCGACGGCCCCGCAUCCUACGGCUACCGGCCGCUCAACACUCUCAGCCUCACCGUGACCGAAUCCCAGACCUCCAAGCCUCACUCGGGCAAGUCCGAUUUGCCGGACUGGGUCGACGGGCCGGGUCGGAGCCCGAGAACGAUCGGGACCACCGCGACCACGGCCCAGGUCCACCCCCAGCUCUUCUGCCGAACCCUAAUUUCCAAAGCGAUUGAGGAUUACGGCGUGCAAGUGGUGAUUGGGAAAUUGGAGGAGGUUGGAGUCGUUGAAGGGCGAGUUGACUCGGUGGUGUUGGAAGGAGGGCGGGCUAUAAACUCAGACGCCGUCGUUUUGGCGCUUGGGCCGUGGUGUGGGAAAUUUGAGCUGUUGUCGUCUUUGUUCAGAGUGUAUGGUUUGAAAGCUCAUAGCAUUGUGUUAAGGCCUAAAGAACCUGAGGCCAUAACACCUCAUGCUCUUUUCUUGAGUUAUUACCCAGCUCAAGGAGGAAAGCCAUUGGACCCAGAAGUGUAUCCACGUCCCACAGGUGAGGUGUACAUAUGUGGGAUGUCGUCUCAGGCAGAGAUACCAGACAAUCCGGAGGAAAUAGUGGGCAACCUGGAAUCGAUAGAAGCACUGAAGAGGGUGGCAAACAGUGUUUCAAGCCAUUUGAGGGAAGGAGAGGCAGAGGUCAAGGCACAGCAGGCAUGCUUCCUGCCUUGUACCGAUGAUGGUGCGCCUGUGAUUGGGGAGCUUCCAGGGAUUAAAGGGUGUUAUGUGGCCACUGGGCAUAAUUGUUGGGGAAUUCUCAAUGGUCCUGCCACUGGUGCUGCAAUGGCUGAGCUUGUGCUUGAUGGGCAAGCUAGCAUUGUCGAUCUCACUCGGUUUAGUCCAGCCAGAUUUGUCACCAUAGCGAAGAAGGGUUUAAGACGUUAGUCUGGUACAGAGAGAUUUAAAGGAUUAGUGUAAUGAAAUAAUGAAUGGUAUAGACACUAUCUGCAUGUAAAUGAGAAAUACAGCUUCAAUUCCAUUUUUAUCUGGAAAGUU